AUGCAGUCGGCAAUUGUACUACGCCGAUUCCCUUGUGCGAAUCAGUCAGCCUCCGCCUCCUGUCAAAAUGAGGGCAAAUCUGCCUGCUCGGCCUGCCGAAUGGUCUUGUAUUGCAACCAGUCCUGCCAGAGGUCUCACUGGAGUGAUCAUAAGAAAGAUUGCAAAUCCCCGAUGAUGAAACCCACGUGGACUCCUUCGUGGCAUAUUGAAAAUCGCACCCCGACUUUCAUCAACAAUAAUGCUCAGCCUUACACAUCAUUUGGGGGAGGGAAAUAUCUCUGGGGAAACGUGCCAGCGAUUGACGUGCUUGCACUGAAGAACAAUGAAGGCUUGGAGUAUGGGAAGGACCUAAGCCUUCUUUUCGCCGCCUCUGGGGAUAUUCGAAACGUCCUAAAGACAAUUGCCUCGUUGCCAACGACGUACAAUAUGCAGUUGGCUAUUACCCUAAACGACCAUGAGUUGGAUAUUGUUGCACGCAACGCAAUCAUGCUGAUCCUUCUGCUGGCUGUUGAGGAACCGGAGACCGCGGUAGACUGUGUCGUGCAUACUUGGUACUCAGCACAGAUCUCGAAAACACACCUCGACCUUCUCGACACCACUGUCCGUCCUUUGCUCCAGGAUAUGUGUACCAAAAUCGUCGAAAAGCCGGACGGAAAGCUCCUUGCGAAGACUUGGCAUUUCGGGAAGCGAGGAAUUCGAAUUGCACUCACGAAACAGGCCUGGAUUGCAACAUUGUCAUACCUGGAUAUGCCGGCGGAACUGACUUCAGAGCGUGCCCAUAAGGUACGAACCGCUGUGACGUUAGCACCGGAGCGCAAAGAUCAUUUGGAACGCCAUUUGUUUGCUCAAGCUCCAGCUCGGCGCGUGGGUUUCAUGAAAUUUCGUCAAGACGGCAUCUUGUUGCCCUUCGGUCACUCUCGACACGCCUACAACAUCCCGAACCCGACAUUCUUCCAGAGUUCGAACACGUGGCUAUUGAAAGACGCAGCCGAUCCAACGGCCGGAUGGUCGCACAAAGACGUCUGGAACACUUCCAUUGGUAGUGUCUACAACGAUGUUUAUGGGAAGCUGUACUUUCAUGUCAAGGAUGUCCUCACAUCGGUCCACAAACGUCUGCGAUCAUUGGAAGUCGUUUUCCAUCUCUUCCAGCUCGAUGCCAGAGAACUCACUGAUCAUCUCAAGGUUGACACACUAGCACGAAUUGAGGUUUCGAAUAUCUGUGACGGUCCAUACCUAGGUCCGGCUCCCACUGUUUGCAUAUUUGCACCAUUCCUUCAGAAGCGUACUACCAACCCUCAUGCUUCUUUAAUCACCUUGUUCAUGAAUGCGGUUGAAGAGGAGUACCACCACUGUGGAGAUCAGUACAAUGUUCAAGUCAUGCAACGGGAAUUGCAGCGGAUAAUGAAGUAUAUGCCAUAUCGUCCAGGUAUGCAUCGGCACGACCCAGCCCUCUUGCAAGCCUUGUCUGCAAAAUCGCUGGUUCGAGAUGGGGGCCGAUACCUUGAAAAGUUUAUGAAGCGAAGCAAAUUCGAUCUCAUUGAGCAACUGGCAAAAGCAAAGGUGAAGAAACGCAACAGCAUCAUUGGCCAGUGGCCUGCUCGAUUGAAGUUGCGGCCUGGUCACCCAGGUGCACAAGAUGAAUUCGAUUCUUUGGUAUCGAGCACUCUCAAUGGCACAGAGUGUUACCUGGAGUGGCACCGAGUGGAUUAAUAGCCGGCUUGCUUCUUUGGGUUAGGCCCUCAUGGUAGCCUGCCGCUUCGGGCUCCAUGCUGCAGCGCCUGGAUUUGU